UUUUUUUUUUUUUUUUUUUUUGACAUCAAGUAUGUAAAAAAAAAUGUGGCUGAGCUGUCUUUACUCAACGGCUCCCCAGUCUCCACCAUUUAAUUAAUAUUAAUAAUUAAAUAAAGCGAAAAUCCAACAGAAUAUUCGGAACAAGUUCGACUAGGGUUAGGGUUUUGCUUUCCUCUAACUCCGCAUAUAUAACAAUUUUUACAUAUAUAUAUACUUGCGUAUCCUUUCUUCUCUCACGCUCACUCUCACCCAAAAUUCACUUCAGCUGCUCCGUUUAGAGACCUUCGAAGACAAAGAUGGAGCAAACUUUCAUUAUGAUCAAGCCCGAUGGUGUCCAAAGAGGACUGGUUGGUGAAAUCAUUAGCAGAUUUGAGAAGAAGGGAUUCACUUUGAGAGGUUUGAAGUUCAUCACUGUUGAUAGUGCUUUUGCGGAGAAGCACUAUGCUGAUCUCUCUGCCAAGCCCUUUUUCAGUGGUUUGGUUGAGUACAUUGUCUCUGGCCCUGUUGUUGCCAUGGUUUGGGAGGGUAAGAAUGUGGUAACCACAGGAAGGAAGAUCAUUGGAGCAACCAACCCUGCAGAGUCUGCCCCCGGAACCAUUCGUGGCGACUUUGCUAUUGAUAUUGGCAGGAAUGUCAUUCAUGGAAGUGAUUCAGCUGAGAAUGGAAGGAAGGAGAUUGCCCUGUGGUUCCCCGAAGGCGUUGCUGAAUGGCAGAGCAGCCUUCACUCAUGGAUCUAUGAAUAGACUUGGAUCUUUCUUGAGCUCUCAGAUACUGGGAUUAUCUUUCUCUUAGUUGUUAUGAUGAUGAAGAUGACAUCUUAUUAUGAAGUUUUAGAGAGUUUUGUUCUCCUGAUAAAACUAUGAGUCUUUGUAUGUUUUGCUUUGAUUAUUAAUUCAUCUGGAUGUUGAGUGUACUAAGAACCUUCAUAAACAAGUUAUCACAUUGUGGAAA